AAGAAAGAAAGGAAAAAAAAAGGGAAAAAAUAAUAAAGAAGAAAAGAAAAGAGGAAAGAAACAAGAAAAAAUUGAAAAGAAAGCACUCAGCUGUUCAUAUGUAUAGCAUCUACGUAUAUGUGUAUAUAUAUAUAUGUGUGUGUGUGUGUGUAUAUAUAUAUAUAUGUAUAUAUGUAUUUACGUAUGUACGUAAGACGGAACCUUGUAAUUUCCGUAUUUUCGUUCGUCAAGAGAAGCCGACUUAAUUACACGGUUAAUCGUGCAAUUUACCACCACCAUCACUACCGCCAAUGACGACGAUGCGCGUCGCCUUCGUUAUUUGUCCUUCCCGCAAAAGAAAAAGAAAAAGAAAAAGAGCAAACGAAAGAAAGAAAAGUCUAAUUGCAAAGCAAGUAAUACUGUAUACGUUCAAAAAGAAGGAAAAAAAAGGAAAAAGAAAAAGAAAUAGAAUGGGAUGGUCUUGAUAAUAGACGUAAACUCACCUGACCUGAUACUUAUCGCUCUCACGAUAAAUGAAUCGCAUUAUGCUUCGAGAUAUCGCCGCGAUAAAUCGACACGACUUACGUAAUUUCAUCGUGAGAGAUCGUAUCGUUUGAUCGUAGUACGAGCUAGUGUUUACGCGAAGGCUCGAUGACCUGCGUUGAAGAUAAUCAAGAGUGUAAAUUAAUCGAACGAAUUUCCCAAUGAUUUACGAUAAUUCCCUUGUUCGCAUUUAACAUGCUACAACGCGAGUAUAUGUAGUUUUUUAUUGCAUGCGGAAAUAUGCAUAAGAGAAGAAGGUUAUGUAUUUAAUAUUAUUUUUAUUAUUGUUAUUAUUACUAAUGUUAUUAUUAUUAUUAUUAUUAGUAUUAUUUAUUAGACAUUUAACGAGUCGUGCAUCGAUGCAUGGCGACAGAAAAAGGAAGGAAAGAGAGAAAGAGAGAGAGACACGUAACAUUUGGUACAUCGCCAUCGUCGCGAGUCGGAUCCAUCCGUUUCCUGCCAUUCUAAAGAGUGAAAUACAUACUUCCUUACUAUCAUCGUCAUCGUCAUCGUCUUCGUCGUCGUCGUCGUCGUCAUCCUUCCCGUGGUCCACCCACGUAAAGACUUUCCGGAUAUUUUUUCUUUCUUUGUUUUUCUCUCUUUUUUUUUUUUAACCUAAACCAUCUUCUAACAUGCAUCCCGUGCAACUUUAUUGUACAAACCGACGAGAAGAGGUUAAAAGAAAAGGAGAAAGUUAAAGAAAGAGUUAUAUCUAAUUUGAAAAAGGAUUAGGGAUAAAGAGAAAGAUAGAGAGAUAGAAAGAAAGAUAGAUAGAUAAAUAGACAGAGAGAUAAAUAGAUAGAUAGAUAGAUAGAUAGAUAGAGAAAGAAAGGAGGGAAAGAACAGUAGCACGAUCGAUUGGUUUGUUCGAGAGAAAGAGAGAAACAAAGAAAAAGAGAGAGAAAGAGAAAUAGAGAGAUAGCGAGACAGCGAGAGAAAGAGAAAGAGAGACAGUAAAGAGCCAAUCGUCCUUGCACUUCGCGACGGCCCUUCGCGAAUUCGGGCCACGCUCGUGUACGUCACUGGGAUUUCGUAGCGUCGUGGCGCAUGGUGGUGGUAAACUAAAUAUGGUGGGGGUAAAGAACUGAAGAGAGGAGAAGCAUUGAGUAGUGGGGAUAGCUCGGACGAGAGAGAGAGAGAGAGAGAGAGUGGUGGGGAUAGUCCGACUCACGGAGCUCGUAGAGACUGGAAGCGCGGAGGGACGGAGAGAGGUAAAGGGUAGAGGAGAGUGGAGAGGAGAGGAGAGAGGUGGAGAGGAAGCGAGCCAUUGCGCCAUCAGGAAGUGGCUCACCACUUACACGCGCGAAGUUAACCGGCGACACGCACGCUUGUGCGCGCGCGAGAGUAUGUUCGAACAAGAGAGAGAGAGGGGGGGGAAGAAGAGAGGAGGGUACCCAGAGGCAGACGGACUUAACGCAUCGAGGAGAGAUAAGAAGAGAAUAUAGGCACCGUCUAAAGAGCGGUGGCGGCGCUCGAGCGAACGAACGACGAAUGGAGAGCUCUUACCCCGUGAGCAACCCCGUUCUUCACCUUGAUUUCGUUCUUGACCCGUAACAAUUAUCAGAGAACGGAAAUACGAUACAUAUUUCAUGUGCCGUGACGCGUCAAGGAACAUAAGAAGAGAAGAAAGGACAGAAGGAGAAGAAAAAAAAAAAAAAAAAAAAAAAAAGAAAAAAAAGGAGAGAAAAAAAAAGAACAAGAAAAAGAGGAAGGUGAAGCAAAAAAUCUACAAAGUAGAAGUCAUGGGUCUCCGGGUACAAGAGAUGUAUACUGUGCACUGUCACUUGACCAGGAAGAGAUAUUCAGAACGACAACUAUGGAGAGAACGCUUAAUCCUUUCUUCGGGGAGGAGUUUCAGUUCGAGGUACCCCGCAAAUUUCGAUACCUUGGUAUUUAUGUCUAUGAUAGAGAUAGGCACUUAAAGCAAGACAAAAUUCUGGGAAAAGUAGCAAUAAAGAGGGAAGAUUUAGCGACAUAUCAUAAUAAAGAACAUUGGUUUCCAUUAAAACCAGUUGAUGCCGAUUCUGAGGUACAGGGGAAAGCUCAUUUAGAACUUGCUUUGCAGCCUCAAGUUGGACAUGUUCAACCAAAACUUACAGUCAGAGUAAUAGAAUGUAGUGAAUUAACUAUUAAAAAUGGUGGCUGUGAUCCUUUUGCAACUGUUACGGUCAUCUAUAGUAAUGGUAAACAAAUAUCAAAGCGCACGAAAGUUAAGAAAAAAACAGUAUCUCCUUAUUUUAAUGAGACGUUUGUUUUUGAGCCAGAACUAAUGGAAUAUAAAGAUAAAGAUGUAUCUCAUUAUUCUAUUGAUGGAGGAGAAGUUGGUGAAGUUGUAGUUGGCUUAUGGCAUGCGUCUCCUGGUAUGGGAGAACAACCUGCAUUUCUAGGAGAAGUGCGUGUUACAUUAAGAGGACUUCAGAAGCAACCAACUAGUACAACAACUGCGUGGUAUUUUCUUCAACCAAGAGCAGCAAAACAUAGACCAAAUAAAAUUUCAAGUAAUUCAACACCACCGGGUACCCUUCCAGGCUUAGGGUCAUUACGUUUAAAAAUUCAUUAUACAGCUGAUCAUGUUUUCCCAUCUGGAAUGUAUGAAAGAUUGAGAACUUUAUUAUUACAAAGUGUUAAUGUUCAACCGAUAACAUCAUCUGCUGUUUAUAUUUUGGGUGAAAUUGUGGCUUCCAAAAUGGAAGCUGCGCAACCACUGGUUAGAGUGUUAGUUCAUCAUGGACAAUUAGUGUCUGUGAUGCGAGCACUUGCAAGUCAUGAAAUUUCUAAACUAACUGAUCCAACAACUAUUUUCCGCGGUAAUACAUUAGUCAGUAAAAUGAUGGAUGAAGGCAUGAGAUUAGCAGGUCUUCAUUAUUUACAUAGUACAUUAAGACCAGCAAUGGAGCAGGUCUUUUUAGAAAGGAAACCUUGCGAAAUAGAUCCUACAAGGGUAAAGGAUGCAAAUACGAUACAAACGAAUUUAGCAAAUCUAAAGGAAUAUGUAGAAAGAGUAUUUACAGCUAUAACAACGUCUGGUGUAAGAUGUCCGCCAUUAAUGUGUGAAAUGUUUUGGUGUUUACGAGAACUUGCUGCAACUCAUUUUCCAAAGAAUAAAGAAGUACGUUACUCCGUGAUAAGUGGUUUUAUUUUCCUAAGAUUUUUCGCACCUGCGAUAUUGGGACCAAGAUUAUUUGACAUCACUACUGAACAAAUUGAUUCUCAAACAAAUAGAACGUUAACAUUAAUAUCUAAAACAAUUCAAAGUCUGGGUAAUUUAGUGAGUUGUAGAGGAGGAGCUGGUAGCGUUUGUAAAGAGGAAUAUAUGGAAUGUGUAUAUAGAGAAUUUUAUACAGAAAGACAUAUACAAGCUGUUAAACAAUUUUUGGAACUUAUAUCGACUAGUAGCAGUAGCGGUGCAACGAAACAACGACCUACGAUGUUGCAAGAACAACCAGUUGUGUUGAAAGAAGGAAUAUAUUUCCUUUUUGUGCAUACUAUCGAUUGUACUAAGAGAAUAAUGAUCAAGAGGGCUCAAGGGAGAAAAAGGUUUGGAAGAAAAAAUUUUAAACAGAGAUACUUUAGAUUAACUACACAAGAUUUAACUUACUCCAAAACAAAAGGUAAAGAACCUUUAUGUAAAAUUCCUUUGGAGGAAAUACUCGCGGUUGAAAGGUUACACGAAGAUUCUUUCAAGAUGAAAAAUAUGUUUCAAAUAGUACAACCACAAAGAGCAUUGUAUGUUCAAGCUGGUAAUUGUGUGGAAGAAAAAGAAUGGAUCGACAUACUUACGAAGAUAUGUCAUACAAAUAGUAAUAGAUUAGAAAAAUAUCAUCCUAGUGCAUAUAUUAAUGGCCAUUGGCUUUGUUGUCGUGCAGCAUCUGAAGUAGCUCCAGGAUGCAGUGAGGUGUCUCCAGGUAUAGAGGCUGGUUUACGCAUGGUUCUAGAUCCUGAUCGGGAUUUACAAAGGAUACAUUCUUUGAUUUUCACCAAUAUGCCUCGGCUUGAAACAUUAAUGAGUGCAUGUGAGUGUCAGGCAGUGUAUGGGGCGAGUGAUAUGUGUGUGAUACCAGGUGGUGGGUCUCUUAUUGAAGACGUUCCAUCUUGUUUUAAAACUUUAACUUCGUUGAGAGAAGCUGCAUAUGCUUUGCAGCACGAACAUAGAGCUUACUUUAGAAGACUAGCACGUGAUACCAAGUAUGGGAGCAAACAAGCACCUAUUGGUGACGAUAAUUACCUCCAUUUAGCUGCCAGAGCUGGUUUUGAUAGUCAGCUAACAAAACGUGCUUAUGAAACAGAUAGCUUAAAUCAGCGUUGUACAGAUGCAGACCAUUGUUAUGAUAUUGGAUUUUCUAGACGAAUAGAAGAUCGAAGAUACGACGAUACACUCAGGAAAUGUCUAGAUUCUGACUCCAUCAAUCGUAGGUAUGAGAAUGAAAGUAAUUUGUUAAGACGCUAUGACAGUAGUACUGAUACUAUUAAAAGUAUACAAAAUGAUCUCAAAAAAUUUGAUCAUAGUUUAAACAAUACAUUAAGAUCUGAAAAAUCUGAAAGAAAUGGAAAUGAAAAUAUGGAAAAUCGUAAAAGACUUGAUAGCUCUGCUUUGUUGGCAACAGAUGGAAUUAAUCUAUCUGGUACACUGUCAAGAAAGUUAAAUAAUUAUGAUAAUACUAGAAAACUGGAUGAAUGUACAUUGACAAGAAGAAUAAGGGAUGACAUAAAUGACAUAUCCUGUACUGCUAUGAGUGAACGUGGCAAUCAUUAAUUUAAUUGUAAUAUAAAAAAUACACGCUCUACGUUCCUAGGACACAUUUUUAGAGGAAACUUUGUCCGUGCAUUCGCAUUAGUUAUAUUUCAAGAAGAGAUGGCACUCAAAUUCAAUUCUGACUAUACAAGGCUAUAUAUAUUUUUUUACUACUCAUACAGAUAUAUAUAUAUAUACACACAUAUAUAUAUGUAUGUACAUAUAUAUAUAUUAAUAUGUAAUACUGCUUUUGCUUACAUAUUGUUGACUCUUGUGCAAUAGGGUCAUCUCUUUCCUUUUUUUUUUCCUUUUUUUUUUUUUUCUUUUUUGUACACGCGAUUUUAAUAUUUUUUUGAAUUAUGUAAGUUCUGGUUGUCUUACGUGCACAAAACUUUUGAAGCUAUAAGAUCAAAAGACUUCAAGAAGCCAUUUUUAUGUAUUUGGUUUCUUAUGACGCUGUGGAAAACUGAACAUCUCGUCAAACGACAAAAAUUUCUAUUAUUUAUUUAUUUAUUUUCACGUCAUUUUAAAAAGCUGGUAAUAAUGUAUGUGCAUUAAAUAUGAUGCAAUAACACAAUGUGUUAUCGAUUGCAUAAGUUAUAAUCUCAUAGACUGGGGAUAAUUUAAUUAUCGCCAGUUUUAACUGAUAAAUAUUUAGGGAACAUAAUAGCUAUUUUUAAUUAUGAAAAUAUUAUUUUAGGUGAAUAUAUUAUUUAAUUAUCAUUGUUUUUCAUUCAUAAUUGCAUCAAUUUAUAACUGAAAUAUGUAUAUAUCUCUAAAAAGAAUAAUUGAAAUAUUAAAUAUUUGUCAUACAGUUUAAUAAAUACAUAUAACAAAAAAUACAUAUGAGACAUGCCAAAAUUAUGGUAUGUCUGUAUUAUAAUAGAUGUCACUUAAAUUUCAUAAAGUAAUUAAAUUAAAUAAACUUGAACUAUAUACGAAAAAUUGAACAAAAUUAAAGCUUGUUAAUCCAAAGAGGCCUGAGUGCUAAACAGUUCUAAAUUAAAUGUUUGCAAUCACUAUUAACAGCAUUAUGAAAUGUUGUUAAGUGCUUGAUAUGUAAAAUUAUUUCUACCAUAUCAUAUCAUUAUUUUUAUUAUUAUUAA